GACCCCGGCCACGCCUCUCUGGGCGGGCUUUCCUCGUUCGAAGCAGCCGCCACCAGCGUCUUCCUUGGAGAAGACACCGUGAUUGCUCCUCCCCUUUCUCAUCCUCCCUUUUCUCAUCCUCCCGCAGGAGCGGCGUGGCCUGUAGUGGGUCUGAAGCAUGGGGGACACGUUAGAUGAUCCUUGGUGGGAAGGACCACGUGAAGGGAGCAACAGCAGUCCAGAUCUCUCGCAGGAUUCCUCCUUGGACAAAUAUGUUGGCCCAAGUAAAGCAGAACAGCAGGGUACAAAACCUAAGCCGCCUCCUUCAAAGAAAAGAAAACAGCCUACAGAAUGUUUUCUUGCUGCAGAAAAGGAAGAGCCUCAGGAUAAAAGAGAAAGUGAAGUGAAGCCAAAGAAGAGAAGAAAGAAGAAAAUUUCUGAUAUACUUGCAAAAUCAUCUCCAAAACCAGGAGUUCCUGAAGACUUACAAAAACUGCUUAAUGAACAUUUUGGUGCUAAACGUUCAGUGAUUGAACUAGAAGAACUACAACUGCCAGAAGCUUGUUUCCUCCCUGCAAAUGACCUCACCCACAGUUUUUCUUCCUACCUGAAAGAAAUCUGCCCCAAAUGGGCCAAGCUUCGUAAAAACCACAUGGAGAAGAAGUCGGUAGUGAUGCUGAUAAUCUGCAGCUCUGCUCUUCGCUGUCUGGAACUCAUCAAGUCAAUAACAGCAUUCAAAGGAGAUGGCAAGGUGAUGAAAUUGUUUGCAAAACACAUAAAGAUACAAGAGCAGGUGAAGAUGCUGGACAAAGGUGUCAUCCAUGUGGGUAUUGGGACACCUGGAAGGAUAAAAGCACUCAUAGAACAAGAUGGUCUUAGCAUGACAUCCUUGAAGUAUCUUAUUUUGGACUGGAAUUGGAGAGAUCAGAAGUUAAGAAGAUUAGUUGACAUCCCUGAGAUAAGGAAAGAAACCAUUGAACUUCUGGAAAUGGGACUGAUCAAACUGUGCAGAGAGGGCUCUGUGAAGCUGGGGCUCUUUUAAUUAUAUUUUUUGUCAUCACUGAGUUCAUCUCAUCCUCCUGUUUGCAUCUAUCUAAGUUGAAGCUGCUUUUUAAUUUUGAAAUACAUAUAACAGAAACCCUUUUGGCUUAAUUGUUUUGUAAUAAAGCAACUUAACUUUG